AUCGCGCAUGCGUGACCAACGGAAAGGCGGUUGAAUUUAAAUCCUGGCCGUGAAGAAACGCGGGUCGCUGGCGGGCGGGCGGCGCCGCUGCUGUUGUUGUUGUUGGGCGGUCCGGCGUUAAGGUUUAAACCAUGGAUGAAAAUUAUUCUGUACUUCUAGAGGCCAAUGGUGAACUUGUGGAAGGGCAUUGCAAGAGGAGACAGUCAGGAAUCUUAAAAGCUUCCCGAAGUCCACUCAGAACUUUAAAAGAAACCGAUAUCAGCCAAAAGGAGCCCGUUGGAAAAUUUCGCAGGAGCUCUCGAAGAGUCAGUUUUGCCGAGACUAAAGAAAUUAAAGAGUUUGUGAUUGAUAAAAUAAUACAAGCUGAUGUGGAAGAUGAUGAAAUGAUCAGCACAUUACAGUGCAAACAAAACAUGGAGACUUAUAAUACAAGAGACGGUGAUAAAGAUAAUCUGCAGGAAGAGUUGGGAAGAGAUAUGAUGCCACAAGAUACAAAUUGCAAGAUUGCUGGUAUGGAUGCACUGCUUCAUGCGCCUCUCCGAACUUCUCUACAGUCAGAGUGCUGUGAACAUCCUCAAACUCUCAGUAAACAUCAAAUCUUCUCCAUUUCUGGGCUUGAAGUGCGAAGAGGUGAAGAAACAGUCACAUCUUCGGAAUCAAAAUUUACAGCAGAAUUUCAAAAAAAGAUCGACUUCAGAUGUUCCUUGGCUGAACUUGAUUCUACAAGGCCACAAAGUUCUAACAUGAGUCAUGGCAAAGGAGAAGAUGUUUCUGAUAUGUUAUUUAGUUCUGUCAGACACAAUACAGUUCCCAAACAUCAAAAGACAAUUGAUUUUAAAUCAUUCUUGAGUAGAGUAAAACAGACUGAGACAGAGAAUAGAAUUAUAUCCAUGCACUCCAGCUUUGAGGAGCAGAUAUAUAAAAAGGCAACAUUUCCUGUUACUUCACCUUGCAAAGCUCUGGAAUUGACAACUAACUCGAUGUUCCAAAACCACACUAUCGACAAUUUAGAUGCCAAUAAAAUUAUAUUAUUUCCAGACCACGAUAAGGAGAUUACCAGAUGCCACACUGUUGCAAUUAACAAUCUUGUCUUGGAGAAAUCUGAUACUUGUCAUUCAGUUAAGGGACCUAAUAACACAGAGAAACUAGACAAUAGAGGAUCACUUAGUUUGUUCCUUCCUCAAGAUAAAGCUGUUGUGUUUGGAGAGGUUUUUACAGGUGUGACUAGAAAUGCUAUUGAACCUAAUGAUGUUCAAAUGAUAGAGAACGUUACAAAUCAAAAUCAACCACCAGUUGUCACAACUAAAAGAAAUGAAAGAUCAAUACUGCCAUCAAGUAGUUCUGAUGGACAUACAUUCACGGGUUUUGAAUCCUUGGGGAAAUCCAAGCAGAAUAAGGCUCAGGGUACAACUAAACGGACCUCAAGAUCUCUGGAUAUUCUGUCAGGUUAUCCUGACAAAACAUUGCUUUUUUUAAAUGACAAUGAUAUGGAUAUAACUAAAAACCACACAGGUACAUUUGACAAUGCAAGUUUCAGGAAAGUGCCAAUUAGCACAGUUGGUUCAAGUACAUUUGUUCCUUUUGAGAAGACCAUGGUGUUUUCAGAAGCAAAUCACAUGGAUAUCACGCAAUGUCACACAGAUGCAAUUGAAAGUGACCAUCUAGAGCAAGUUUCAAAUAAAGCAUUGCAGCCAACAAAGAAGAAUUCCAGACUAAGUAUUCCUGGAUCUAUAUUGACAUCGUUACCCAAUGAUAAAACAAUGGUGUUUUCAGAGACAAAUGAUAUGGAUUUAACCAAAUGCCACACACUUAACAUUGACAAUUGUAGUCUUGGGCCAGUGCCAAUCCGCAUGAGUGGAUCAAGUACAUAUUUUCCUCUUGAUAAGACCAUGGAAUUUUCAGAAGCAAAUCACAUGGAUAUCACGCAAUGUCACACAGAUGCAAUUGAAAGGGGCAAUCUUGAACAAGUUUCAAAUAAACCAUUGCAGCCAACCAGGAAGAAUUCCAGACUGAGUAUUUCUGGAUCUAUAUUGACAUCGUUACCCAAUGAUAAAACAAUGGUGUUUUCAGAGACAAAUGAUAUGGAUUUAACUAAAAGCCACACACUUAACAUUGACAAUUGUCUUGGGCCAGUGCCAAUCCGCAUGAUUGGAUCAAGUACAUCUGUUCCUCUUGAGAAGACCAUGAUUUUUUCAGAAGAAAAUCACAUGGAUAUCACGCAAUGUCACACAGAUGCAAUUGAAAGUGGCAGUCUAGAGCAAGUUUCCAGUAAAGCAUUGCAGCCAACAAAGAAGAAUUCCAGACUGAGUAUUCCUGGAUCUAUAUUGACAUCGUUACCCGAUGAUAAAACAAUGGUGUUUUCAAAGACAAAUGAUAUGGAUUUAACCAAAUGCCACACACUUAACAUUGACAAUUGUAGUCUUGGGCCAGUGCCAAUUCGCACAGGUGGAUCAAGUACAUCUGUUCCUCUUGAUAAGACCAUGGAAUUUUCAGAAGCAAAUCACAUGGAUAUCACACACAGUCAUACAGAUGCAAUUGACAGUGGCCAUCUAGCACAAGUUUCAAAUAAAGCAUUGCAGUCAACCAGGAAGAAUUCCAGACUGAGUAUUCCUGGAUCUAUAUUGACAUCAUUACCCAAUGAUAAAACAAUGGUGUUUUCGGAGACAAAUGAUAUGGAUUUAACCCAAAGCCACACACUUAACAUUGACAAUUGUCUUGGCCCAGUGCCAAUCCGCAUGAUUGAAUCAAGUACAUCUGUUCCUCUUGAGAAGACCAUGAUGUUUUCAGAAGCAAAUCACAUGGAUAUCAAACACAGUCAUACAGAUGCAAUUGAAAGGGGCAAUGUUGAACAAAUUUCAAAUAAAGCAUUGCAAUCAACCAGGAAGAAUUCCAGACUGAGUAUUCCUGGGUCUAUCUUGACAUCGUUACCCAAUGAUAAAACAAUGGUGUUUUCAGAGACAAAUGAUAUGGAUUUAACUAAAAGCCACACACUUAACAUUGACAAUUGUCUUGGGCCAGUGCCAAUCCGCAUGAUUGGAUCAAGUACAUCUGUUCCUCUAGAGAAGACCAUGAUUUUUUCAGAAGAAAAUCACAUGGAUAUCACGCAAUGUCACACAGAUGCAAUUGAAAGUGGCAGUCUAGAGCAAGUUUCAAAUAAACCAUUGCAGCCAACAAAGAAGAAUUCCAGACUGAGUAUUCCUGGAUCUAUAUUGACAUCGUUACCCAAUGAAAAAACAAUGGUGUUUUCAGAGACAAAUGAUAUGGAUUUAACCAAAUGCCACACACUUAACAUUGACAAUUGUAGUCUUGGGCCAGUGCCAAUUCGCACAGGUGGAUCAAGUACAUCUGUUCCUCUUGAUAAGACCAUGGAAUUUUCAGAAGCAAAUCACAUGGAUAUCACACACAGUCAUACAGGUGCAAUUGAAAUUGACCAUCUAGGACAAGUUUCAAAUAAAGCAUUGCAGUCAACCAGGAAGAAUUCCAGACUGAGUAUUCCUGGAUCUAUAUUGACAUCAUUACCCAAUGAUAAAACAAUGGUGUUUUCAGAGACAAAUGGUAUGGAUUUAACUAAAAGCCACACACUUAACAUUGACAAUUGUCUUGGGCCAGUGCCAAUGCGCAUGAUUGGAUCAAGUACAUCUGUUCCUCUUGAUAAGACCAUGGUGUUUUCAGAAGCAAAUAACAUGGAUAUCAAACACAGUCAUACAGAUGCAGUUGAAAGGGGCAAUCUUGAACAAGUUUCAAAUAAAGCAUUACAGUCAACCAGGAAGAAUUCCAGACUGAGUAUUCCUGGGUCAAAAUUGGCUUCCUUAUCCAAUGAAAAAACCAUGAUAUUGUCCGAGGCAAAUGAUAUGGAUUUAGCUAGAAGUCACACAGUUAGAAUUGACAAUGGUGGUCGCGAGUCAGUGGCAAUUUGCACAGUUAGUUCAAGUGCACCCUUUCCUUGUGAUAAGACUAAAGUGGUUUCAGAAACAAAUGACACAGAUAUUAACAGAAGCCUUUCGGUUGCAAUUGAAAAUGGUAGUCCAAGUCCUGCUGUAAAGUUAACAGUGGGUUCAGCUGGUUGCAUUCCUAUUGGUAUGUCCACAAUCUUUUCAAAAGCAUAUAAUAUGAACCCGACUAAAUCCUGUACGAUUGAUGCUAAUAGUGGAAGCCUUGGGACAGUUGCAAAUGGAGCAUUUUGUUCUGCUAAAAUGACCUUGAAUUCAAAUUCUGUUCAAUCUGUUUUGUCAUAUUCCAAUACGAAAAGCAUGGUGUCUGAUCAGGUAGCAGUGAUUUCAACAGGUGACAAGCUGCCUGUUCACAGGAGGCACGAUGAAUCUGGUAAAUCCACAAUGAUGCAUGAAAAGGGGCAAAAUUACCUUAGUAACCAAAUGGAAAAUGGCAAUUGUAACAUUCAAAGCAAUUUGGAUGCUGAUUCAAUGUGCAUAACUGAACGUCAUGAAAAAAGUAAUCUAAAGGGAGCCACGCAAUCUGUUCCUUCCAUAGAGAAUUCUCUCACUUCCGUAACACUCAAAGACCUUGAAGUCCAGCAGAAAGCACUAAUUGAUCAGACUAGGGAAGCAGCCUCUGGAGAGUUUGUUCAAUAUCAGGUUACUGAAUGUUCUGAUCGUGGGACCGGAACUGAAUCUGCAGGUACAACAAAAAACAAAGAUGAAUGCAAUGCAUCCAGAAAGUUAAGUCUACCUAAUGUGUCAUCUCUUCUAAAAAUGAAUUGCAUGAACAAUAUAACUUCAAACACUGCGUUAGAAAACACUCAAGUGGAUGGGAAUGUCCCUGCUGAUUGUCAAACACUUAAUGCAAGGCCUUGUUUCCCAAAACAAAAUUCACUUGUUAAGGACACACUUAUGUCUCAAAUCCUUCCGAAACUGCCUAGUCGAAGAAAUCCGUGCAGAAUUGUAAAUUCAAACCAUCAAAAUGUAGUAAAAUCAACAGUAGAACAUCUCUGCUCUGAUUCACAUCUGAAUGUAAAGUACAAAUCAGAAGACCUUGAGAGGUCAAAUAUACUUGAGCCUAAUGAUGACCCUGAGGAACAAACAUAUAAAAUGCAGGUUUCUGAUUGUGCUGAAGUAGAAAGCAAAACAUUGGAUGGGGUGAAACCAUCUUGCUGCUGGAAGUCUAAUGCAGUCCACUCUCUAGCCAUUGAUAAACAGCAGUAUAAAGAAGUUUCAUCUGCUCCUGAGCAAGAUAUCAAUGCAAUAGGCCAAGCUCUCGUACACUCAAAAACAUUUUCAACAGUGGAGCGAAGGCCUAGCCAGAAACGGGCUUGGAGUGAAGAAGAAAGUGGAAAUGCAUGCAAUAAAAUAAAAAUGAUGAGGACAAUGGGGCGUGAAGGCACUGAGUCUUCAAGAAACGAGGUCUGUAUUGCACCCGUUGUGCAGUGGGAAGGAGUAAAGCAUGAAAUAGGAGAAAAGAGCCUGCCGAAUUUGACGACCAAGAGCCAGGAGAGCAACAGUUCUUUAGAUUCAACCAAAGGUGAUGGUACAUCUGCUCAUGCAAUCCCUCCAAAAUGUAACUUAAAUACAUCUCUCGUGAUCUUGGAGGAGUCUGAGUUGCAUAAGAAAUUGAUGGAUGGUGAGAUCACAGUCCGGGAAUUCUUCAAGUUCUUCAAAGUUCAAAUACGUGCACAGAAAUCCCGCCAGAGUGAACUACAUGUCAAUCCUGAAUUGGACAAAUCCUCGGGACUGGAGAAUUGGCUGGCUGUGAAGUUCCUUCACCGACCAAAACGAGAAGUGUAUGAAGAAGAGGGCAUUGCACUCUCUACAGCCAUUAAUGACCAGAAUGAUCAGUUGUUAGACCUUGAUAAACUCCUAGCAGAGGUGAACUUUCCACUUUUGAGAGAGGUGAUGCAAAUGACAAAAGAAGAGUUGCAACAGUUUCGUUCUUGUCUGAAUGCCAAGAAAACUGCUUUUAUGAAGAGGACUAAAGUGAUCUGCCAUGAACAAAAGGUUCAGCUAUAUUUGUCACAGUUGAAUGCACUGAAGGCACAACGUCAGCAAAGGAAGGAAUACGAAGAUUACUUGGAUGAUAUGCUAAACAAAAUGGAUGACUGCAUCGCGUCAUUAGAUCUUGGAAAUUUAGGAACUCUCGGAGAGUGUAGCAUGGAUGACAUUGACCAUGAUGAGAGUUUGAUGCAGCUGAAGCAGGUUGUGAAUGAGAGACACGAGGAUCUCAGGAAUCUUCAGGCAGAACAUUCUAAAAUGGAAAGUGAACUUGCUAAAGUUCUUGAUGAAAAAUCACAGCAGGAAAACGCUGCCAAAAUGUUGGAACUUAAUGAAGAAUUUCAGGAGCUUCUAGAAUGGACAUUGGUGCCUUGUCAAGGUGAUCGAGCUGUUUACAGAUUUCUGUAUGACUCCUUAGAGCUGAUAUUGCAGUAUGGGAAGGCUGAAGGUGCAGAUCUUUCACCUGGUGAGAAGUGCAGAAUUCUUGACGUUAAUCUCGUCUCUGAGUUGGAUGAGGAAGAUAGCCCUGCACACUCGAAGCUUGUUCAUGAACUAAUUCUGACAUACUGGAAGAAUCGAGACAGUUGGCAUCAUACACACUCAAAAGAAUCUCAGCUCCCCAUGCUGCUACUUGAUCUCUCGCUUGUGGUGAGUCGAUGCCGAUUACUUGGUGAUGAACUGGAAUACUUGUUGAAUUGGGGGGCAAAAUUUGAUAUAUCGAAGACACAGAUUCAGCACAUGGAUGUGAAGUUCCUUUUCUCGAGUUAUGAAGCAUUGUCGAAGUUUGAAGUUACUUUUCAUAUUAUGCCUGGUUAUCCAUGGCUUCCUCUGCAGUUCACAUUUAAUUCUCGGUUUGGAAACAUCAGUGGUGAACAUAUUAACAAUGUCCUACUGACUGUAAAACCAGGACAUGAGUACCUAAUCAGGAUUGUGAAGAGUCUGUUCCUGACGCUGCUCACCAAACCAGGAGCUAACAGAUUUGUGACAACGGGUCUCUUCUUGACCAGGAAUAAAUUAUGAACAUUCAGCCGUUGUUCACAAAUCAGUAACAAUUUGUAAUCGUUCUCAUUUGUACUAUAGGACCUUUUGAUGAGCUUUGUACAAUAAAACAACCAAGGAUGGCACUGUAAGUAAGUUGUUGUGAGUGGCAUCCAAUCUUUGUAUGUCAAGGAAUUAGGGAUAAUCUGCUGUUGAAUACAACUCAGAUUACAUAAAUGAAAGUUUCCUUUUGGCUGUUGUUUAAAUUUGUAAAGCACAGUUCCUACUGGCCACAGGACUACAAAACAAUCUGCCUACAAUGUUGGCUUUUCUAUUCUGAAUGUUAAUAAUCAUCACUUCAGUAAAAUUGAAAUAAAUUCAUAUGAAUGGAAAGUUAAAUAUGGUUGGGAUAUUCAUGACAAAUUUGACUUUACUGCACAGUGCGGGAGAUGGCUUCUUCUUUGUAGUUCAGAGUAUAAUGAAACUUGAUGGAUGAUAUGUCCUCCAUUCCCUAGCAUGUUUCAUUUACCUGAAGAGUGUAAAAUAAAUAAUGCUUAGAUAAGACCAUAAAAUAUUGAUGUUUUUUUUAACUGAAAAUAAAGUUAUGUUUGCCAUUGA